AUGGCGCUGCCGAGACCCCAGCUCACAGCUCGACUGUGUGUGUCUCGUGCUCUCCUGUCCGCUUUCCCCUCAGUUAUUGACGGGCUGGACGUGCUGAAGAAGGAAAACGCCGGAGCGAGAGAUGGGAUUCGCUUCCUGGAGUCAGAAUUCCGGAAGGGAAACAGGUACAUCCGAUGCCAGAGAGAGUCGGGGAAGAGCUUUGAGAGGGACAAGCUGAAGAGACAGGACAUUGACGCCUGGCAGCUGUAUAAGAUCCUGGACAGCUGCCGCCAGCUGACGCUCUCCCAGAGCAGCGCAGAGGACGACACCGCCGGCAUGGUGACCAUCCUCGCCGGCCACCCCCUGCCGGACCCGUCCGCGCUCUCUCCGCACAUGCAGGCGGCUGUCCAGGCGGUGCUGGCCGCGGGGAUCGAGCUGAAGAGCAUCCUGGACUUCUUCCGCCAGUGGAAAGAGAUGGGCUGAGGGGGCGGAGAGGAGGGGCGGCUCGAUGGUCACCACAUCACGCUCUCGAUCCCCCCUCUCUCUUUCUCUCUUUCUCUCUCUCUCUCCCCCACAUCUCCCUCCCUCCCGCUCUCCAUCGCUCCACAUCGCUCCGGGGAAAGCAACGGAGGGGGCGCGAAGAAAAGACGGAGAAGGACGCCAAGUCCGUCCCCCUCCAACCCCACUCCACCUGCCAUGACGAAGGAAGAUCACACGGGCGAACGCUGCAACUAAAGGGUUUAUGCGCUGGAGGGGGGGAAGGGCAGACUGUCCCGGUACCCGUUCAGAACCCCAACACGCGUGUGCUGUGCGCUUUAGACAAACACAGGCGCAGAUA